AUGGAAAGAGAAGGUGAUAAGUGGAAGCAGUGUGAUAAAGAUGAAACUUUGAAUAUUCCUUUGGUAAGAGAACAUGAAGAAAUACAAAUUUCUGGUAGCGGUUCCAACAACAAUAUUGUCACCACAUCUUUCCUUAAAACUUGUUUCAAUGGCCUCAAUGCUUUAUCAGGACUUAGGACAUUCCAUAGAAGUGAAGUAUCUUUUAUUCGAUCAUGUCUUAAUGGACUCAAUGCAAUUGCAGGUGUUGGAAUACUCUCAGUUCCAUAUGCAUUAGCCUCAGGAGGAUGGUUAAGUUUAGCACUUUUAUUUUCUAUUGCUGCAGUAGCAUUUUACACUGGUUUAUUAAUGGAAAGAUGCAUGGAAAAAAAAUCGAACAUUAGAACAUUUCCAGAUAUAGGGUUCUUGAUUCUAGCAGGAGACAAUUUGAGUAACAUAUUACCUAUUGAAGAGUUUCAAGUGGUUGGUUUAUCGAUCGGUGCAAAGCAAUUCUUUGUGAUAUUGGUUGCGCUAAUUAUUUUGCCAACGGGUGAUAUUGUGAAUUGGAAUGGAAUCCCUACUGCUGUUAGCUUGUAUGCUUUUUGCUAUUGUGCACAUCCAGUCUUCCCUACUCUCUACAAUUCCAUGAAGAACAAACACCAGUUCUCAAAUGUCCUAAUUGUAUGCUUUAUACUAACCACAGCUAGUUAUGCAUCAAUGGCUAUAAUUGGUUACUUAAUGUUUGGUUCAAAUGUUGAAUCACAAGUAACAUUAAACUUACCACUUAACAAAUUAAGUUCAAAAAUUGCAAUAUACACAACCUUGGUGAAUCCAAUAGCAAAGUUUGCUUUGAUGGCAACACCAAUUACAAAUGCUUUGAAAGAAUUAGUUGGAAGAACAUACAAGAAUAAUAGAGUGACCAAUAUUUUUGUGAGCACUUUGCUUGUAGUUAGCAAUGUUAUUGUUGCAUUGAGUAUUCCUUAUUUUGGGUCUCUCAUGUCAUUGGUUGGAGCAUUUCUAAGUGCCACUGCUUGUAUUUUGCUUCCUUGUUUAUGUUACUUGAAGAUUUCUGGCAAUUAUAGGAAAUUAGGGUUUGAGACAGUGACAAUAGUGAUGAUAGUAUUAGUAGCUAUAGUGAUGGGAGUAUCUGGGACAUAUAUUUCAAUUGUUGAAAUAAUACAAAAUUUGAAAUAG